AUGUCUUUCAAUCCCAUUUCUAUGGAUGACGAUGGUGUUACAUCAUUUGAUGACACCCAUCGUCCCAAUGGUGUGGUUUCAUAUACGGAUGUUGAGGGCAACAGAGCGAAUGCCUCUAUAUGCGGCGUGACUGUGAUUGACCCGAAGAUGUCCGCCAAUGAAUUCAUUCGCCGCUGUAAGCUGCAGUACUAUUAUGAGUUCUCCUGGCGUGUGCCGUUCCCACAGGUCCCUGCCGCGCCGCUGCUGUAUCUCCCCGAGGCCUUUGCGGAGCUGCUGCGGGACCCCGCCCCGCUGGGGGUGAUGGGGGCGGAGCUGGACGCGAUGGCCGCCGGGGUGAUGGAGCGGAUCCCGCUUGCCCACCCCCUUCUGCGGCCGGAGGAGGUGGGGGCGGCGGUCCGGCUGGCGGCUGAGGGGGAGGAGCGACUCGCGGAGCUCCAGCGGCGGGCAACGGCCGCAGGACUGCCAGAGAGACUCACGUGGAAGCCUGAGGAAGUCAACCCGCACCUUAAUCCAGCAGACGCCGCACUGCUCGAUACGGACAUUGACCUCAACCUCGUGCUUGAGCGUGAUAAGCCAUCCCUCACACUCCUGCAAAGACCACUUUACACGGAUAUGGGACUCGUACCACAAGAACAGCGACAUUUGGAGCGUCUCGCCCGUAUCGUCCCAGAGACACUGCGAUCACAGAUACCGAUGGUAGCUUCGCAGGAGUCUGAGAGACUAGGAAACUCGAUGAGCCCCCCACCUGGGGUCGCUACACAACUCUCCUUAGCGGGAGGGUUAACACAAACCAGUAUUGUUGGCGGAAAGUCGACAGUGGAGACUACAGAACAAUGGCUUGACGGGGUGCGUAAGUCGUUCCGCUUCGCUCGUACAGUGGAUUCUCACUAUGAUAAGCUGCUCGAAUCAGUUGCUCGAGCAAAACUUGGAUUAGAUAGCAAUAACCCUGUUUCUGUGAAGUUUACUCGUCGAUUAUGGCAUCAACUCUUCGAUAGUACAAGUAAAAAUCAGCAGCGUGAUGUUUGGCAUCAGUUAUGUCGAUUCUCUUCUAAUUAUGAUGGUAGUGGAGAAGAAUCUUUGGAGCAACUUGAGCGAUCAUUGCAACCCCUUAACUUACCUCAUAAAAAUGUAUGGUUAGAAUUAAUACAGGAAUAUGUUGAUCUCCUAAGAGUGUACACAUCGAAGCUAAAUGGUGGCGUAGAGAAGCGUAAAGAACAACUGCAAUUCAGUGGAAAGGAAUUGGAUCCUUUUGAACAAGGUGCUUUUGAACCUGAUUUACAGGUUGGCUCAACAUUGCGAAGGGUGGGCAAAGAGUUUACAGCGAAUCGUCAACCUGUUCCAAUUUUUCCUGUGGAAGUAGUACCCUUAUACCCGGCCGAUUUUGAUAAGGCAGCAGCAGCAGCAUCAUCCAUUUCAACAGUUGAUCAAUCUCAGACUGAACGACUGGGUGAGAUGGAAACAGAGUUGCACCAUAUAGUGCUUCCUGGUGCGGUAGUGAGUGAGGAGUCUAAGGUUGGUGGUCCCCACGCAUUAGUCAAUGAUACCAACCUGUUAGUGGUUGAUAAAAAGAACAGCCGACACCUAAGUGACGGAAUAACUGUUAGCUACCACACAUCACGUGAAAAUACUUUUGAGUCACUUGUAACGGAUGAAAAUAAUACAAGUAGCUAUCUAUUUCAACUGCGUAACGUACAAGGGGAAGGUUCUAUACCCACAGGAUUUGCAAAUGCAAAUGGACAUCAUGUUGUCUAUCGGCGUCUGGGUCUUCGCAAAUUAUUUGUUAAAGCACCCAAUGCAGAAGCACCACCAUAUGAAAAGUACGUACUUAUGUUUGGUGCGGAUGAUGAAAUGGCACCAGAGGGAGCACCCGAAUCCACAGUCUCCGAUCGUAAGAGGCAGCGUGACCUACAAACCGAUAUUGAGGAACGCCAUGCUAUUGUACAACGGAUGGAAUAA